AUGUCCGAAGAAACCCGACCGAUCAAAUUGGCCAAGGCCGAGGAAAAGCUGCUGACUUGUGGCAAAAUCCCCGAGCUCAGAGUCAGAAGACUGAGUUUAAGUUCCAUUAGUGCCUUCUGUUCAGCCAUGAAACAGCAGACCCGAGCCCAGCUGGAAGAAGAAAAGAAGGCAAGCCACCAACAUCAGGAUGCCCUAAGGAGGGAGCUAGAGGCCCAGGUUCAUACCAUACGAAUCCUUACAUGUGAGAAAACUGAGCUUCAGACGGCACUCUAUUACAGCGAGCGUGCUGUCCAGCAGUUGCAAGGAGAGUGCAGGCAUCUGGUCGGCCGCCUGCAUGAUUCAUGGAAUUUUGUAAGAGAUUUAGAGCGGGAUCUCUCUGCUGUUGCUACACAGAAGAAGAAGGCUGACAGGUACAUCGAGGAGUUAACAAAGGAGAGGGAUGCCCUGAGUCUGGAACUGUACAGGAACACCAUAACCGAUGAUGAGCUGAAGGAGAAAAAUGCCGAACUACAAGAAAAACUUCGACUUGUAGAAUCUGAGAAGUCUGAGAUCCAGCUCAAUGUAAAGGAGCUAGAAAGCAAGCUGGAGAAAGCCAAGCUCCUGCUGCCACAGCAGCUGCAGGAGGAGGCUGACCACCUGGGUAAGGAGCUGCAGAGUGUGUCCGCGAAGCUCCAAGCCCAGGUGGAAGAGAACGAGUUGUGGAACCGCUUGUACCAGCAACAGGAAGAGAAGAUGUGGAGGCAGGAAGAGAAGAUACAGGAGCAGGAGGAGAAGAUACGGGAGCAGGAGGAGAAGAGGCAAGAGCAGGAGGAGAAGAUACGGGAGCAGUAGGAGAAGAGGCAGGAGCAGGAGAAGGAGAUGUGGAAGCAGGAGGAGAAGAUAAAGGAGCAGGAGGAGAAGAUACGGGAGCAGGAAGAGAAGAGGCGGGAGCAGGAGGAGAAGAUGUGGAGGCAGGAGGAGAAGAUACAUGAGCAGGAGGAGAAGAUGCAUGAGCAGGAGGAGAAGAUACGGGAGCAGGAGAAGAGGAGGCAGGAGCAGGAAGAGAUUUGGAGGCAAGAGGAGAAGAUACGGGAGCAGGAGGAGAAGAUGCAUGAUCAGGAGGAGAAGAUAAGGGAGCAGGAGAAGAAGAUACACAAGCAGGAGGAGAAGAUACCAGAGCAGAAGAAGAGGCAAGAGCAGGAGGAGAUGUGGAGGCAGGAGAAGAAGAUACGGGAGCAGGAGGAGAAGAUGCAUGAGCAGGAGGAGAAGAUACAGGAGCAGAAGGAGAAGAUGCACAAUCAGGAGGAGAAGAUACAGGAGCAGAAGGAGAAGAUGCAUGAGCAGGAGGAGAAGAUACAUGAGCAGGAGGAGAUGAUAAGGGAGCAGGAGGAGAAGAUGCACAAGCAGGAGGAGAAGAUACAGGAGCAGAAGAAGAAGAUAGAAGAGCAGGAGAAGAAGAGGCAGGAGCAGGAGGAGAAGAUUUGGAGGCAGGAGGAGAAGAUGCAUGAGCAGGAGGAGAAGACACAGGAGAAGGAGGACAAGAGGCGGGAGCAGGAAGAGAAGAUGUGGGAGCAGGCGGAGAAGAUUUGGAGGCAGGAGGAGAAGAUGCAUGAGCAGGAGGAGAAAAUACAAGAGCAGGAACAGAAGAUACAGGAGCAGGAGGAGAAGAUACGGGAGCAGAUGUGGAGGCAGGAGGAGAAGAUACAGGAGCAGAAGGAGAAUAUGCACAAUCAGGAGGAGAAGAUACGGGAGCAGGAGGAUAAGAUGCACAAGCAGGAGAAUAUAUGGGAGCAGGAGAAGAAGAGGCAGGAGCAGGAGGAGAAGAUGCAGAGGCAGGAGGAGAAGCUACGGGAGCAGGAGGAGAAGAUACGGAGGCAGGAGGAGAAGAUACGGGAGCAGAAGGAGAUAAUACGGGAGCAGGAUGAGAUGAUGCGGGAGCAGGAGGAGAAGAUGUGUGAGCAGGAGGAGAAGCUGGGGAAGAAGGAGGAUAUGCUGCGGGAGCAGGAGGAGAAGAUGUGUGAGCAGGAGGAGAUUCUGGGGGAGAAGGAGGAUAUGCUGCGGGAGCAGGAAGAAAAGCUGUGGGAGCAGGAGAAGAAGAUGUGUGAGCAGGAGGAAAAGAUGUGGAGGCAAGAGAAGAAGCUAGGGGAGCAGGAGGAGAAGAUGUGGAGGCAGGAGGAGAUGAUGCGGGAGCAGGAGAAGAUGAUGUGGGAGCAGGAGAAGAUGAUAUGGGAGAAGGAGCAAAAGAUAUGUGAGCAGGAGGAGAAGAUGCGGAGGCAGGAGGAGAAGAUGCGGGAGAAGGAGGAGAAGAUGCAGAGGCAGGAGGAGAAGAUGUGGGAGAAGGAGGAGAAGAUGCAGAGGCAGGAGGAGAAGAUGCGGGAGCAGGAAACGAGGCUGUGGCAGCAGGAGGAGAAGAUGCAGAAGCAGGAGGAGCACCUGGAAGCUGCCAUCUACCGAGCACAUGACAAGAAGGCAAAAACAAUAAACAUGUAAAACCCGGCAGCAAGGCCUGGAGAAGAGUCAGCUGCCAUGUGACUGUUUAGAAUAUAGUCUGAGCCCAAACCUGAAAAAAAAAAAAAAAAAAA